ACGAAAGAUUAUCGUAGGAGGCGCACGCUCGCGUACGCCGAUCGUCCUCGAUCCCGUAUAAAAAUACUCUGAAAGAUCUGCUGUACCGCCGAGAGAAGGGAAUAAACGCGACGCAAAUGAUGUUUCUUCUGUUCUUUGAGAGUCGCAUAAGCUUCGAUUAGUUUGCGCCCGCAGUUGCACUGUUGUUCGCGAGCAUUGUAAACGUUGUUGUUGUUCGACAAGCGAUUAUGUUUCCGAGCGCCGAGAGGAUCGACGAGGAUCCAGAAGUGUCGUGGGAUGUUACGUUUCUUGCAAUGCAGCUGAUUUAUUCGCACCAAUGUAUAAAAAAAAAUACAAAACACGGCCGUGAGCUAUAGCGAAUCUCGGCCGGAGCAUCGCUUGUGAAAUUCGAAUGUAUCGACGCGCGAGAACGAGAUCGUAACGGAGACAGCGAACAGUGAUAAAGAGAUACUGACUCUUAUAAAUAUCCAGUAACAUGUUCAUUGCAAUGCGUGAAACGUAAUGAUCAACCGAGUCAAGACUUAUUACCGAAUAUCUUUGUAAAACAGAACGUUUAAAGCGAUCGUGAUGCCAGGCGAGGAAAAAAAGACAUAAACACGCGAGAGAGAGAGAGAGAGAGAGAGAGAGAGAGAUAGAUAGAUGAUCGAUUGAGAUCGCUGGAAACCGUGACCGUUUAUUAAACGCAGAGAGGAUCAACACACCCGGACGUAUUCGUUCCAUGCUCGAACAAGAGAGAACAGAGAAGAAUGUAGAUUUAUUUUUACAAUAAGUAAACGAUUAACAUUAUCAUCGCUAUUAAUUAUUAUUAUCGAUAUUAAUCAUAGGGAGAAUCCGCGUUCACUCGUCUGUUUCGUUUAACUGCUAUGCAGGCUAAGUCACGGUGAAGACGAUUACUCGACGUUCUGUUCACGGUAACGCGAUUAGCGCGACGCACCGAUGAUGUAACCGAAAAACAAAGAAUAAUCAGUCCCAACGGUGAAGAGUUCAAGGAAGGAGAGCAAAACGAAAGAGACAGUGCGUGUCCGAAUACACAUACGCAGAGUGUACCAUGAUUCACGAUACGUUUGAGCGUCCCGUUUUGUACCGUGACUCGUCGGACACCCUGUAGACACCUUGGACGUCCGAGAGAAGCGUGAUUAACGAAUUCCACCGUGGAAAGAAGCACUUUGAAUCCCGACUGUUCGAGGGGAAACGAAAAAUGCCUUACAUCUCGUAUCAUCGCUGUAUCCGUGCGUCGGACAAUCCGAGAAAUCAACGUGAAACGAACCGAAGAAUAUAAGAAAACCGCAAAAGAGAGAGAGCGAGCGAGAGAGAGAGAGAGAGUGUAUGAGUGAGGGAGAGAAAGAGAGGAACGAUAGAAGAAACGCCGCGCGGAGUAGAACUUCCGGCACGCAGGACCUGUGUCUCGUUGUGAUAAUAAACGUCAUUGUAUUACUAGCCGAACGUCGGAGCUCUAUUUUUCUUAACGUACCGCAUGUAUCAUUAUAUAAAUUCGUACGCAACACCAGCGAUUUUGUACGGCGAGUUCCGAGUGUGGGAAGUGUUCUUUUCACCCGUUGCGCGAGCCAGGUAGAAACGGGACCGGAGAGAGGGGCGACUCGCGAGCAGGUAGAAAGAUCGCGCGGUGUUCACCAGCAAUCAAUCCCUUAUCGUCGAUCGAACGAGUGUGAUCGUGCCAUAGAGCGUAACGCGUUGAUCCUUGUUUUUACUCCAAACUUUACGUUGUACCUUGUAUCGUUUCAACGGGAGGAUCAGAUCGUCUAUCGAGGAAUAAACGCGCGAGGAUAUUCGCGAAGGACGGAUGCCUUGUAAUAUAAUAAUUAAAAGUACUAGCGAAGGAGGACAUAGAAAACGAGUACGACGGAAGAGGAAGAAGGAGUGAAGGCUCGCGAUGAUUUUUCCACCGACUCUUUUCCCGCGGGUUCCACUUGAUCGCGAUCGGCCUUCGAUCGAAAUUAAACCGGAAACGCCAGGACCUUCGGGGUCCUCUAACUUUUGUAUCACGUGAUGUACUUUUGAAGAGACUUUACCGAGGGAAGUUGACAAGGAAGCUGACGACGUGAGAAUCGGCCGGAAUUGACGGGGACGCGUCGCGUCGAGGAACGAAGCGACGAUUAAAAGACAUUUGUAUUAUAAACUGUUUACGGUAGCCUGUAUAAGAGCGUCGAGGAUUUCGACGGACAACGGAACGACGCGAACGAGAACACUGCGCGCCGAGAAUUCUAGUAACGACGAGAUCCACGGUAGCUGAUAAUGAACGAAUGGCAGUAUGACUAUUCUGUACUCUGCACGUUUGUGUCGUUGCAUGCCUAGAAGAGACCGAGGAGCCUGUACGCUCGAGGGCAACGGUAUAGUGUAGACAAACUGGACCAAUGGGACCAUGAAAGGAUUUAACGCUAGAAUCUGCCACCAGUCAGACAGACUUUAUUUACCAUGAAUAUCAGGAAACUUAAUUAUCCAAAAUCACUUUGAAAAUGAACACUGUGGUUCUAGGGCUGAAUCCUGCCACAGCUUUUAGAGUAUAAAUAUCAGGAAACUUAAUUGUCCAAAAUCACUUUGAAAAUGAACACUGUGGUUCUAGGGCUGAAUCCAGCCACAGCUUUUAGAGUAUAAUCUAAAAGGAGAAUAACGUAGAAUUCAAACUGCCUUUGGUUGCUAAACCGACACCCGUUAUGGUCUUAUUGGGUUUCUGGUUUUGUUGUGUUGUGCCAUUGCCCUCGAGUGUAAUCGUUUAAUUUAUUGUCUUGUUUUCGGUGAUGGAACGUUGAACCACGUCAGAGCACGACCUGGAAUGGAAAUUUUACUUUGAAGCAGAAAUUAGGGCAUUUGAUUUGGAGAAGGGAGAAGAAAGAAACCGUUCCAUUUUAGCUCCGCGGCCGAACGUAUGCUUCCAAAAAUCGAUGAAAGUUCUAUUUCUAAUUCCCCCGUUCUCCCGUUCCUUCUCUUAUUUAGCCUCGUCUCAUUGUAAACGUAAUUGCCGUCUCUUGUUUCUGCGAGCGAACGAUGGAGAGUACGUGAUACUAUUAACGAAUAAAAUUAUGAAUUUGCAUAAUAAAAAUUAACGAUAUUAACUCCGUAACUGAUAGAAUCUGUAUAAUGUACGUGUACAUACGUUUCCGUCGCAUGUCUCUUUUUUAGUACAAGGGAGCAAAUCGACCGAUCCUUAGGAACGUUGUCGAUUCGAUCCAUCGAUGUCUCGUUUUAUUUUUCCGAAUAGAAAUACACGCUCUGUAAAUAAUAUAUUAGCGGCGGUCGCAGUUUCGAAAAGUUUCGCUAGUUAAAUCGAUACGAGUUGAACGCUCUUAGCAAUUUUUGAUUAAUCGAUUCCGUCCCGCGUAUUGCGGAUGCAUACGCGCGUUACGUUUCCCGCUUCUCGCGUGAUUAUUUCGUCGAUCGAAAAGCUUAACGGUUAACGACGUAUCAUAACGGUCCCGGUUUCUCGAGACGCGUAGACGGCCGUUCCAAGCGAACCGACGCGACGUUUCCGUUAAUCCUCCGCUUCUGUGAAUUCGACAUAAUCGUCGCCUUCGACUGGCCGCGACGAGAAACGAAUAAAAUCGUUUAAUAAGCGUCCCAUUACGCAACGAACGGGACGAAUACGGUGCGAUUUCUAUUAAUACGAAUAUACAUGUUCAACGCGUCCGUUAACGAACGAAGAGAUCGUCGCGCGUCGGUACCGAACGGCCAGCGAAUUUUUCGUUCUCUGAUUAACGGGAUCGUUUCAAUGGGAAAAAUAAGAAGGCGGAUUCUUUCCCGUUGAAUUCACUUUGAAGUGGUCGGCCAGCGUCGUUCCGGUGUACGUAUGAGAGAGAGUGGAAAUCGCGCAGCGCCAUCUGCACGAUUCGUUUAAAUUCUUUGUGCAUGUUCCUCCCGUAACCUCAAAGAAAUACGUGACAGUUUUAUCGUCGGGGAAAAUUACACGGUAACAGGGAAACGUAACUUUAGUUUAAAUCCCGUGGUUGUGCCACGCGAGUGUCCACGGUGUUUGAUUAUUUCGCGCGAGCAGAGAAGCGUCGAGAACGCUGCCCCGUCCGCUCGUGUUGGCAAAAGCAAAACACGACUGACAGAACGUUCGAAGACCGAAAAUCCAGCGAACUCGUGUCGCAAUAUUCCAGUGCGAUGACAGAACAUUUUCUUCCGGCGAAAUAACGAGGAAGCGCUGCUGCCGCGUGACUGGUUUGUUAGAGGGAGAAACCAGAAUUGUUCCCGAUCGAAAGGUUAACAUUUUUUCGUCGUCCGGUUGGAUCGGGUUCGACGCUUGAUUCUUUGAAAUUUUCGAAAUUCUACUGCGUUUCUCGUUACGGGACUCGUUUAGUUUGUUUGGUAUUACAAUUGUAAAUUGUAACUCGAAACACUGAGAACUUGCUCGCGAUUUAACCGCUUCUCCGUUCACAAUAAACAUCUUCCUCGCGGAUUCGAGAUAACAGCGAGCCGAGAAUGUGAUAAACGGAAAUUUAUAAUCUGAAAGGUGCUAGACGGAUCGAAGUGAGUUUAAACUGAAUCAGGGAAACUGUCGUCGCCCUCAGACAAGUUAAAGAUUCUUUUUAAAGUACGCCUGACACGAAGGAAACAUUGAAACACAAUGGACAGCCCGAUACAUAGAAAGUUCUUCGCCUUCUUCUUCAUUAUAAUCAGGGUUCCGCCGUUGUUCAUAAUAGAUGAACUGCUUAAAAUCGAAUUUGGACUUUCGCAGGAAAGCAUAGAGGCUGAGAGCAUGAUUAAUCUGUCUAAUUCGGCGCUACCAGUUACUCCUCCUCCGUUUCUAAUCGAACUAUUCGAUGUUAGACACUAUGUCUAUAAAGUAUGUUUGCCAUUCCUAUUGAAAAUUUUAUGCUGCACUAUAGGAUCCAUUGCUGCAUUAUGUACAUUCAUGCUAUGGACAAAGUACUUAAUAAUCGUGUACCUGUAUUUAAUAUCAGUUGGGGUAAUAGUUUUAUCCCACUGGUCGCAUACCAGUACAAUGAAAGCUAUCAUAGCAUACGUGACUACUCACGAGUCCGCUACUAGUAUACUGGACGACAUUUUGUCUUUUAACUUAGUCAUAUUGAACGAAGGACCAGUGUUUGCCAUAAUACAAAAUUACGUACUGCAAUGCGUACUAGCCAGUAUAUUCUGCUACACUCAUCUAGCCCCGAAUCAUCCGAUACUACAAAUACUGCUAAUACUGACGUUCGUGGCACCAUCCAUCCUAGGAAUCUAUCCUUUACCAAUACAAGUGCUUCAUCACGCCCCGGUAUUCGCGGCGCUGCUUCCCAUGGCGGUGUGCAACUUCGUCCUUUGGUACAACAGCAUCACCAUACUGAAGACAAUCUACAUGGGCUACCAACACGCGCGCAACCUCAUCAACAAUUACGGCCUGUCCGCGUUGGCCGAGACCGAGUGGAUCCGACUGAAGGUUCCCUGCGUGUUGCGCACCUUUUGGAUGCUGCGCGCGGCCCGGCAGAUCAUUCAAAUCGUCGCGACCGACUACAGCGAGGAAACCUUCACAUACUUCAUGAUGAUCAAAAGCCUGCUGGUGAACGGCUGCGAGACAUUGACAGCGGUCCUGGGGAUGACCAGCAUAAUCUCGUUCAUUUGCCACUACAUCGGCUGCUUCUUCCAAUGGGUGUUGCUCACGGAGGACGAGGGUGAAAACAGUAUAGGCACCGUGUCCGCGAUUCUGUUCUACAUCCUGGCCCUUCAGACCGGACUGACCAGCUUGGACAAGGACAAACGUCUGGUCAGACUGUGCCGCAACGCCUGCCUGCUGGUGACCGCGAUGCUGCACUUCGUGCACAACAUCGUGAACCCGUUGCUGAUGUCCCUGAGCGCCUCUCACAAUCCCGCGCUGCACCGGCACGUCAGAGCGCUGGCGGUCUGCGCGUUUCUGAUACUGUUCCCGGUAUCAUUACAGGUGUACCUCUGCUCGCACUUCACGCUGAGCACGUGGCUGCUGGCCGCGUCGGUGUUCAACAUAGAGCUGAUCGUGAAAGUGCUGGUCUCGUUAGCGAUCUACCUGUUGUUCCUGAUCGACGCGUACCGAAGCGUGUUCUGGGAGCAGCUGGACGACUUCGUCUACAUCAUACGGUCGUUCGGCAACACCGUCGAGUUCGCGUGCGGCAUCAUACUGUUCUUCAACGGCUUCUGGAUCCUGGUCUUCGAGUCCGGCGGCGCGAUCCGCGCGGUCAUGAUGUGCAUCCACGCCUACCUGAACAUCUGGUGCGAGGCGAAGGCCGGCUGGAGCGUGUUCAUGAAGCGGCGGACGGCCGUGAACAAGAUCAACUCCCUGCCCGAGGCGAAGGCCGAGCAGCUGCGCAGGCUGGACGACGUCUGCGCGAUCUGCUACCAGGAGAUGCACAGCGCGAAGAUCACCCGGUGCAACCACUACUUCCACGGCGUCUGCCUGCGCAAGUGGCUGUACGUGCAGGACCGUUGCCCCCUCUGCCACGACAUACUGUACAAAGUGGAGAACAUGCAGAGCAACAAGGAGAACAACGAGGCCAUCGCGGAACAGUCGGAGAACGCGAGAUUAAACAACGGCGAGGGGAACCCGAGAUUGAACAACGGCGAGGAGAACGCUCUCCGCCAGCAGGUCGACGAGAGCAGGUGAAAAGGCCGCGUACCUCGAUUGUGAUAUACGUCUCUGUCUUGCAGAGAGAAGGACUAUCGCGAACCUUUACGAACGCUUAAAUCGCGAGUCAUCGAUCUCCGUGAAGUCUUGCCGGGAAAGAUUUCGCUUCGUUUCUCCUCUUUCUCUCUCUCUCUCUCUCUUUCUCGUGCCGCUCCAGCGAGAGCGCCGCCGGGACGAACACACGGUAUAUACACUUUAUUAUUAAUAUUUAAUAACGAUAUUUAAUGUAAAUUUACUACGGACCGCCGAACAACAAUUGUAACCCGUUAUGUUACGACUCUUCCGUUUUCAAUUUGUACAAACAAACAAACAAACACACACACAGACAGAAUACACACGUGUCGUAUUUGCGUCUUCGGUUUUAGAGCUCACCAAAUAAUCCACUUCUACAGCGUAACCGCGCGCCGAAUAUUUUUGCAAGCGAGUUUUACACUUAAGCUUCCAUUGUGCAAUAUGCUCUGACCUUCCAUUUACGAGCGAAGCUUGCGCGACUCUUUCCAUUAGGAUUAACCGAGGUCCUUGACUGCGAGUACCGGACGAUUUUAUCUAAUCGGUGCGUCUCACCGUGCGAAAUAGUUUAAUUUAACCGGUUAACCGGCCGACUUUUCUACCGUGAACAGGAGCACACAAGGGAAGAACUCCGAAACGACUAUCGUCUCUCGCGAUGAAAUUCAAGUGUGAAUCAGAAAGAAGGAAGAAGAAAAACGAUACUCCCCGUCGGAGGACGCGAUCGUUUCGCCGGUUAACGGGUUAAGACCUCCAGUAAGACUGUGUCUGGCGAGACGCGAUUCCAUGCGGCUGCGAUCAUUGGUUUUUCAUUGAUGGCGAGGCGCAGAUCAUGUAACGGGCGUCGUUUUUUAUUUAUGGUUUGCCGCGGGGGAGCGGAGUAUCGCGGCUCAUCGUUUCAUUAACGCUUCGUCUACCGGAAAACCUAUGUCCUUAGGUUCCUCGAUGAUUCGCGCUGUAACGAAUUGCAACGGACCACGUUACUAACGUUACUCUAACGUUCAAACUACCAAACGAGUCGAAUUGUCUCGUUGCUCGAUCAUCGAACGAAUUGUUUUAUCAACUCUUUACGAUACGAAGUUUCGAUCGAGAUCUUAAUCGCCGUCGUUUGUAUACGAAGGUACAAACUAGUUAAUCGGGUUGUCCGGCGGUGUCAACAGUCUCGAAGUACGUUAUUAGAUUACGAUCAUCCUCGACGAUCUUGUCGCGGCGCGAUAGCAAUCCGGAUCGUCUAUCGCGCAAUCCGUCGAGUCCCCGGUCGUUGAUUAUCGAUUUCCAGUGGACCGUCGAACGAGCAUCGGUAGGCGAAGCGUUAACUCCGUUCGUGACUUCCGCCGGCAUUCUCGCUCCUCGCGUGUCGGGUUCACAGGCCAUUGUGAUAAUUAGUUCGUUAAUUGUACGCGGAAAUCACGCGAGUCUUCUUAUACUAUAAUUUAUUGCGCCCCCGGGAGCCGUGUCACGAUCCACUCGCGCGUGAUCGGGGAACGGUGACCGUAUAUUAAAACGUUUCACAUGUACGACCGAGAGUAUGUCCAAUAAAUGUUAUAUUUUUAAAGCGUC